AUGCCGCUGACCGGGAUGAAGGAGGACAUGAACUCAGCCAUUUAUCUACCAAUGCAAGAAGCAAUAAUGCUAUGCUACUGCACUCUUCCACCUCCAGUAAAUCGUCCUAUUCGGCCUCGGCCUACCACUAAACCUAAAACACCUAAACCGUUACCAGAAGGCGAGGAAGGACGUAUAAACCUUAAAAACAAGGUAGCACCUCAACCAGACCUUACGACUAAACCUGCGGUAGAAUUGACAAAACCUGUGGUAAAAUUGACGACUAAAGCGGUUGAAAACUGCUCCGAAGUUUGUCCACUGAUUUUUGAGCCAGUGUGCGCCACUGAUGGUAAGGAUUACCCAAAUCUCUGUGUCUUUGAGGCGAGUAAAUGUACUGGCAACACCGACAAAUCGGUAACGGUUGACUACUAUGGCUUAUGCGAAGACAGUCCCACCACCCCUCCAGUCGGUAAUCUGGAUAGUACGUCAUCAUACAGAUAUUGUCCAGAGGAUGUCUGUGAAGAUACCCCCAACUAUGUCUGCGGAACGGAUGGAAAAACGUACCUCAACAAAUGCUCAUUGUUAAAGGUAGCGUGCGCCGGUGGCAAUUCAAGUAAUCUGGAUAUUGAAUACGAAGGUGAAUGCAGAAGCUUGGACGUUACAGUUUCACCCGAAGGAGAGGGAAAUACAACCAUGGAACCACUGCCAACACCAAAGAGAUCACAGGAGAUGACUACAGCUGACCCAUGCGCGAAUCCUACGUGUGAGGUGGUCUGGCAACCUGUGUGUGCAAACGACGGAAAAACGUACCCAUCACAAUGUGUCGUGGACAAUAUCAAUCUAUGUAGCGGUAUCACAAUAACAGUGUUGUACAAUGGCGAAUGCGUCAAAUCCACGACCGCUUCCAAAUGCCCAACAUGCCCGCCUUUGCAGCUGGAUCCCGUGUGUGGUACAGACAACAUCAGCUACCCUUCCAGAUGCAUCAUUCAAAAAUAUAACUGCGAAAGUAAUAUGGAUAUUGAAGUGGCUUAUGAGGGUGAAUGCCUGCGAGGCGACAUCUAAAUCAACUACGAUCUAUUAUACUUUCGUCGUAUUGUCGUUUUCUCUACAACCAGUGAACUGUGUAUAAACUGUGGUUUACAAUAUUCUAAUGAUGCCUAAAUGCGUAAUAUAGAUUAAACAAAUAGUCGUAAACGGAUUUCCGACUUCGUCAAAGAGAACCUGCAGAUAAUAAGUCAAGAAAGAUAGAACGAUGUAUAUAUUAUUUUUCUCUGGUGAGAACAUCCAGCAGAUUUUUUUUCUCAUUGGAGUUAGGUGUGUUUACAUGUAUUGAAGUACUGUAAUAUUAUAAAAUAAUAUAAAUCUCAAAUUCGCUCAAGAUUUCUUAUUAUUAUGAUGCUCACACUGGAUAGAUCAAACAUAAAUGUAAGCCCUAUGGAAGAAGAGGGUGUUUUACAUGCAUGAAAUGGGCCGGGAGGGAUUUGUUGUGCCUGGAAUUUGCCAAAUCCAAUUCUGUUCCCUACUGAAUUCAAGAAGGCAUGUUGAAUUCAAUGAACAUUUUUGUGACCAAAGUUGUAUCCUUCCGCUAAAGGAAGGUUUAUCUGUAGAGUAAAAACAUCUUCAGCAUAA